AUGCCACAAGCUCAGCCAGAACUCAAGAAGUACCUCGAUAAGCGCCUUUUCGUGCAGCUCAAUGGCAGCCGCAAGGUCAUUGGCGUGCUUAGAGGAUACGAUGUCUUCCUAAACAUCGUUCUUGACGAUGCCGUCGAGGAGAAGGAUGGCGGUGAGAAGGUUCGCAUCGGUACAGUCGUGAUAAGGGGAAACUCAGUUGUCAUGUUGGAGGCACUCGAAAGAAUAAACUAA